AUGGCCACCUCCGGUUCUUGCAUGAACCUGCUAAGGAGAAACCCCACCUUCCAGCCUCUUCAUCCUCUCCAUUCUGCUCUUCACCCUCCUCUCCAUCCUCCUCUUCACCCUCUCGGGUCAGACACACAUUCUUUCCUGAGCCAGCAGUCUUCCAUCCUCCAUGAGCAAAUUUUCAACCUUCCGUAUUUCAACAUAAUCCAACCGAAUCUCACACACAGACCUCAGCACACACCGGGCUCUCUGUCAGGCUUCUGCAGCCCUGCCUCAUCCUCCUCUUCCUCUCCAAACAAAGACGCCUUCAUGCACCCUCAGAUGAUAGAGGAAUCGAAGCGCACUUUUAGUUUCACCCAGGAGGAUUUGUUCACUGUGCUCUAUGGAUACAGUAAAGACCAGCAGCAGGGGGUCGGACACGCCAUCUCAGGACUACUGCUACCUAAUGACCCAGACCUGCUGCCAGCCAACAUCGACACAGAAAGCCUCGAUCUGCCUCAAGGUCUGUGUGUGCUCCGGUGCUCGUGCGCCGGUGUUCCCCACUGCGGGGUUUUUGCCGCGCGCAACUCCAUACCCAAAGGCACGCGCUUCGGGCCGUACCUCGGGAAAGCGGUGAACACAAGCGAGAUCAAAACACACAACGACAACACACUUAUGUGGGAGAUCUUCGAGAAGGGCCGAUUGAGUCACUUUGUGGACGGCGGCGCGCGCGGCAGUUGGAUGUCGCUGGUGCAGUGCGCGCGCUUCCCGGAGGAGCAGAACGUGGUGGCGGUGCAACGCGCGGGCCGUAUUUACUACGAGACGUGCCGAGAGGUGCGCCCCCUGCAGGAGCUUCUGGUGUGGUACGGAGACACCUACACCCUGUACAUGGGCAUCCCCAUGUGCCUCAGAGAAGAGGGGGAAGAAGAGGAAGAACAGGACGGAGAAGACUCGGCUGAGGGCUAUAAAUGUGAUCGAUGCGGAAAGGUCUUCGCUUACCGAUACUACAGAGAUAAACACCUGAAGUACACGCGCUGUGUGGAUCAGGGAGACCGGAAGUUCCCUUGUCAUCUCUGUAACAGAUCGUUCGAGAAGAGAGACCGACUGCGCAUCCACAUCCUGCACGUGCACGAGAAACACCGACCGCAUAAGUGCUCUGUGUGCGGCAAAAGUUUCUCUCAGUCCUCGAGCCUCAACAAGCACAUGCGCGUGCACUCCGGAGAGCGACCUUACAAAUGUGUCUACUGCAACAAGGCGUUCACUGCCUCCAGCAUCCUCCGCACACACAUCAGGCAGCACUCAGGUGAAAGGCCAUUUAAGUGCAAACACUGUGGGAAAGCCUUCGCCUCUCACGCGGCCCAUGACAGCCACGUACGCCGAAGCCACGCCAAAGACAAACCGGUGGCGUGUGAUCUCUGCGGCAGCACGUUUGAUCAAGCAGAGGAGCUUAAAGAGCACAUGAAGAUCCACAAGAAGCGCCCGCUCAUGCAAGCCCCGGCUCGUCCUUCCUCUCCUGGAAAACACCCGGAAGAUCAGAACGGCCCUUUAAACCCUGAAUGUGCCGGAGUGCAGCGGGACAUCACCACAAGUUUCCCGCCUUUUCCAGGAAUCAUCUCCAGUUACAGACCAUGGAAUUAACUUACAAACCAUUGUGACUCCAUCCUAAACUGCGCACUAACAUAUUACACAGCAUGGCUGUGAUCCAGUUCAAGACACAGGUCUUAGCCCAGGCUGGACAUUACUGGUGUGUUCAAAGUAGUACACUAGCCUAACUUAGCAGCAGGUGUAAUAGGCUAAGCUAUGUUGCAACUUAAAUGCAAUGUGCUUGGAUCUCCGGGAUCCAACGUUCUGGAGCCCAAUAACAAAAACCACCUGGGCAGAGUUUUCAUUCCCUGAACAGAGCUGAACAGUAAGGGGUCUGGAAGUAAAUAGAGCAUUUGUGAUGGCUGUAAUAAAUUCGAUGUUUGGUGAUGAAGCUAAGCUAUACACUACUAAGUACAUGUUUUUUUUGUGUGUAUGUGUGUGUAUAUAUAAAUUGUGAUUAAUUGCCAAAGUCCCUCUGAAGUACCUAUCAAUCAGAAAUGUAUCGCAAGCAUGGAAUUUGCGCCAGACAGGACCAUCCACUUUUUCAACAGCCUCGUUUCCAGAAGCACAAUAAGUACAACAUAGUUUGCUAAGCUUAUACAUUAGCAGGUGAAUUAUGUUAAAAUAGGUGGCACUGUCACGCAGCAUGUAACAUUGCCAGUCCUGAGCCCACGCUACUGUCUGUGUGGAGUUUCACAUGUUCUUCCCAUGUCAGCAUGGCUUUCCUCCAGGUUUAUCAGUUUCCUCAUAUGCCCUAACACUAUGUUGGUAGGUGAAUUGGCUAUGCUAAAUUGCGCCUAGGUGCAAACGUGUGUGCAUGGUGCCUUGUGAUGGAAUAGGGUAUUCCCGCCUCACUUUCCACAUUCCAGAGAUAGAUCCAGCUCGACUCUGACCAGGAUAAAGAUGAGUGAAUGAAUUGAAUGAAUGAAUUACAAAAUACUUUAUAAAGGAUUGCUAAUCCUUAAAAGCACACUGGAGACUAGAGACUAGAGAAAAUACACCAAAGCAUCAUGGGAUCAGUAGCUCAUUCCACUGGAAAAGAUAUUUGUGAUGCAGUGAUGUACCUCAAUGAAAGAAACUUCCAGAACGAAGGCCUGUUCAGCUCUAUUAGCCUACUGCUAAUCAACUUUCAGUCUUUCUUGAUUUCAUCCUUUUCUUUUCUAUUUAAUACACAUGUAAGUAGCUUAUAUUUAACAUUAUAAUUUCCUCUUGUGGUUUUUAUUGUGAUUUAAUGUGUCUUAAUUUAUUUCAGUGUAUGUUUUUAACAACUUUUUUUUGUUUUUAACUAAAUUGUGA